UUUGUAUAAAAAGUAAAACAGAAAUCUUAAUAAUUUUUUUAGUAAAUAGGCAUUUACAUAAACAUUACCACCAUCAUUGUAAUGAUGACAUUUGCACUAAAGAAUUUAUUGGAUAACUUUAUAACAUGGCACUGAUUCCAGAAAAUGUCCUUGAUGUUAUUUCUUUCUCUCUUGCUGGAGAUUGGAAACGAUUUGGUAGAUUAAUGCGACUAGAAGAAUCACAGAUAGAAUGCAUUGACUUAGAAAAUGAUUUAGUCUAUGAAAAAUGCAGACAAGUUUUAAAAGAAUGCACUCGAAAGCAACCAAGCAUUGAGUGGGAUGAUGUAAGAGUGGUUUUGGAGCAGAUCAAUAGAAACGAUGUUGUGAAAAAAUGUGAGAAGAUAGAAGGAUGUGCUGUAAAAGUAUCACUAAAUUCGACCAUGGAAAAAAGCUUUGAAAAAGCCAAGGAGCAGCUGAGAGAGAGAUAUUUACAUCAAUAUAAGUGUUUAUUUAACGAGAAUUCUAAUGAGCAACACAAUUUAGACCGCAUAUCAGCCUUUGUUGAACUAGCUAUAUCAUCUUCCAACGAUGUGCAUGAAUACUGGAGUCGUAACAGUGACCGAGAUUAUCACCUGAAUCAACAUCUGUUUAAGGGCAAAACCAUAACUAUCGAAGAUAUAAUGUGUGAAAAUAAAGACCUGGUUUGUUUGGGAGGUGUAGCAGGCAGUGGCAAAAGCACGCUUCUUCUUUAUAUGCUGUUAAAAUGGGCAAGACAAGAAUUGUGGACUGGCAGUGUUGGCCAACAAUUUGAUUUUGUUUUUACUAUUAUUUGUCGUGAAAUCAAUUUUAUUGAGAAUUGUAGUUCCUUGGAGUCUAUAUUGAAGAAACUUUAUCCAAAAGUUUUUCAGUUAAUUUCAUUUGAACAAUUGCUCUUGAUUGCAGACAAGGUUCUAGUAAUUGUGGAUGGUGUCGAUGAAUUUAUUGGCUUGGAUGACAUGAUAUCACAGCAGGAUGGUUCACAAAGUGGCUUAGAUCUGUCCAGGUCCCUGUUUCAAGCUGUUAACCCUCUUCAUCCAUCCUUAUUCAGACAUAAAGUCUUAAUAUCUGGUCGACCAGAAGCUAUAUCUAAGGUUCAAAAAAGAUUUCAGAAAAUUGUUGAUGUUAGAUCGAUAGAAGUACUUGGCUUUAACAAUGAAAAUGUGGCCCUUUUUGUUCAGAGUUAUUUUUCAAACAAUCGUCAGCAGUAUCAAACAGUGUUGCAGAAAAUCAAAGAAUCAACUAAUCUGUCUGUGAUGGCAAGUUUACCUGUUUAUUUAUCCAUCAUAUGCAAUUUGUUUUUCAAUGAAAGUAAUGCUACUGUGAACACGUCUGUUGAAUUGUUUUGCUGGGCGUUAGGCCUGUAUCUGAAGGAUCAUUUUCGUGGAAAAGCUGUAUCCACUAUGAACUUAAGGGAGCUGUUUAAACAGGAAUUUGUUCGCAAUAUGUUGGCUGUCGUAGCUGCAAUGGCGUAUGAAAUGUUAUGUUGUGGUACUGUUGUCUUUGAUGCUGAUUCUCUAUCUGGUCAGUUUGAAGAAUCUCUAGAAUACUGCGGAUUGGUAACAAAAGUUUUUGUUGAUGAAUUUACAGUCAAGUAUCAGUUUCGACAUCUCAGCUUGCAAGAAUUCUGUGCAGCUGCUCACAUUUUGAGAAAAGACAUACCUCGAAAGGAUGUUAUAAACAAUAACCGUUUACGUGGUUGUGUUCCAUUGUUAUGUGGUUUAGAAUCUGUAUUUUCAACAAGCAGUAAUUCACCUCCCAUUUUAAAAGCUAUCGUUCAUGCAAUGGAGGUACAAAACUUAACACAGGAGCCUGUUUUAAGUUAUCUUGUUGAUAAUUUAUUUAGUUAUGGUCAUCAACCAUGUGUUUUAACAGGUUCAAAUGAUGCUUGGAAUCUUUUUGCGACAUCUUAUUACGAGCACCACAAACCAUUGAAUCAAUCAUUAAAGUCUGUUAUAUCGAAAAGCGAGAUUAUUUUGUAUUUGAAGAAUAUUUCACGUAUUCAAAUGACAUUCAUGAUUUAUUUCCUUGAUCAAAUAAUAGCAAUAAAUCCAUUUCCCGUUCAGGAUAUUUACUUGCAAGUAUGGCGAAAUGAUGUCUCAGAAAGUGAGUGCAAAAGAAUGGCAAAGUAUAUUUGUUUGACCAAGCGUGUUCACAUAGAGAGAAUGAAUGUUCUCCUUCCAGAUGAUUUAAAAUUGAUCAACAAUGAGUUUGAAAGUAUGACAGAGAAAAAAGCCACCCCCGCUAUUAAAGAAUUGCGUUUUUAUGCCUGUAAACUGUCUUCCCACCAUUUAUUUUCUAUGGAAUCAGUUUUGACAAACUUACACACACUUGUUUUAAGUUAUAACAAAAAUAUUUCCUUGGACGGAUGGAAAUUAGUGGCAAGUUUAUUUGAAACCUGUUGCUUUCUACAAAAGCUGCAUGUUAGGGAUUGUAACUUGAAAGAUCAUGCAUUUGCCAGCCUUGCUGCAGUCGCUCCAAAGUUAUUAGAGUUUGAAGUAUCUGACAAUCCUUCAAUCACAAACCAAGGUUGGAUUAAAUUAGUUGAAUCAGUGAAUAAUGGAAGUGUAUUAGAGAAGCUUUAUCUUCGUGGUUGUUAUCUAACUGAUUCCUCUCUGGAAUCAUUGCUUCCAGUUUUCACUUACUUAAAGGAGCUUGAUUUGAGUUUCAACAAAGCAAUUACAUAUGGUGGAUGGAACAAGCUGUGUGAUUUCUUUCUGCAAGGAAAAGGUGAAUCACUACAGCGAUUGUGUAUUAAAAAUUGUUUUGUUACUCAAUCGUCCAUCGAAGUUUUGAAAAAAUGCAUGCAUUCUUUGGAACAUUCUGUCGCUUUGCCUACCAUAUCUAACCAACAAAAAGAUGAUUUAAACGAUGAUGGUUCAUCUCAAAUGAUAAAAAUAAAGUGCAAUUUGAAUGAUGGAAGUUUAAAAAAGCUCUGCAAGGAGAUACAAAGCCCAAGAAGAAUUGACCUGAGUUCCAAUGAAAACAUAACCACGCUAGGUUGGCAACAUUUGGCUAAUUCUGUGCAAAGCAAGACAAGUAAUCUGGAGGAACUAGUCCUAUGCGAUUGUAAUUUAAAAGAUGAUGAUGUAUUGGUUUUAUCACCAUUAUAUCCAGGUCUUAAAAAACUGAGACUUUCAAAAAACCCUGGAAUUACCAAUGUUGGAUGGAAUAUAUUAGGUUCAAUUAAACGAGAUGCAGCAGGUCGUUUUUUAAAAGGUCUAAACCUUCGUAGUUGUCGGCUUAAUGACUCAUCUAUGGCGAUCCUGCAACCUAUACUAGGACAUUUAAACUAUCUUAGUUUAGGUAAUAAUUCUCAUAUCACACCUAUUGGGUGGAAAUGUUUAUCUACUGCUGUCAUUGAUAGUAAAAAAGUGUGUCUAAAGUUUCUGAGUGUUCGCGAUUGUGACAUAAACGAUGCUUCUUUGAAAGAAAUACAACCUGUGAUCCCCUUUUUGCAUUCUCUGAAGCUUGGGGGAAAUCUCAAAAUCACUCCAGUUGGAUGGAAAGGUAUAGGAGAAUGCAUUAAUAAUGAAAUAUGCAAUUUGUACGAGUUGGGUGUCAUCAGGUGCUUGUUAACAGAUGAGGAUCUAAUUACUUUAUUACCACUACUUCCGUUUCUUCAAAUGUUUGACGUGCGAUUCAAUAGAUGCAUCACAACAAUUGGUUGGAAAUUAUUAUCCAGCGCGGUCAGGAAACACCCUUCGGCCAAGUUGAAAUCAAUGAAUAUACAUGGUUGUUUCAUAUCAAAUUCAGAUUUAAAAUCUCUUCUAGAAGUAGUGGAUAUUGUGUAAAGUUAUUGUGUAAUUUUUUGAAAAAUGUCGAUUUAAUUUGAUUUUUAUUCUUAUUAUUUUUAAUAUUUUAUACUUUUGCUGCUUAUUUUUCUUUGUUUAUCUACAUUUAUAUAUAUACAAAGAUCUAUUUGUUGUUUAUUUACACAUCGUUUAUUUUAAAUUAAAAUUUAGUAUGAAUUGUAUUUUUACUAAACAUAACAUAUACAUAUACAUAUUUUAUCUUAAUUUUUUUUAUACAAUAUUUUUUAUGUUAAAUAUACUUGAUGUGGGGAUAAGAUGCAAAUUCAAUUUAGAUUACCUUCUGAAAUAAUUGCAACAUGAAGCUUUGUGACUAUUGAUAUUUUUUAUGAUUACCAUUUUUUUACUUAUGGAGAUUUUUCUUUAGACGUUUUGGGAUAAAGUUAUGCCACCUGUUUAAUUUGUUUUUUCUCAUUUUCACUAUUCUAAGGCAAUAUAUAAGGCUUUUUUACAUUUUUCAGGAAUUUUGGUGGUACUUGUUUUUUUUUACAAAAACCGAAAGAUGUUAUCAUUUAUAUCACUAACAGAAAUUAUUAUCUGCGAGGUUCACACCAAUUGAGUUUCUACUAAGAAAGUCUUGUCCAAGUUCUUUUUUACUUUUUUAAACCUUUCUUGGUGCGUUACUAAUAAAAUUGAUAAUCCUUCUAUAAUUACCCAAAAUAAGCAAUUAUCAUUUGUUGUAGUUAUUUUGAAUUCAUACUUUAUAAUAUUUUUGAAAUGCAAUAAAUUUUAUUUGUGUUUGCAAGUUUAUUGUUUUUUUAAACUAUUUAAGGAUUCAUAACAAAUUGGGCUUAAAUCUUUCAUUCAAGUGAAUAUGAAUAAAAUAAAUUAUGUUGUGAUAAAAAAGUAAAAUAUAAAAACAAGUUUUAAAAUAGCAUAUGCUUCUCGGUUAAUACGAUCCUCAGUGCAUACAUAGAUGUAAUAAAUUUUAUUGUGAACAUAUUUUAACAUUGGUAUGAGUUUUUAAAAAAGUAAUUAACAUAAUUAUACAAUAAAUAAAACUACCCUCAAGAAAGCAAUUAUCAUUUACCACAUAAAUCGAAAUCACAUUUGUUAUCACACAUGUUUGUAAAACAUUUUGUAAUAGCGUAGACGUAUAAAUUUCUGUCAUGUCACUCCAUUUUUAAAUAACAGAAGUUUUUUAGAUUCAAGUCAUUCCUAUUGCUGAAACAAUUGAGUAUAUUUUGGACAAAAUUUAUGUUCACUAAAAACUGCCCAUCAAUUGUAGCAGACUAAUUUUCAGGAGGCUGUUGUUGAAACUGACAACGGAGAGCACAUUAAUUUUUCAGUCAAAGUUGUACAAACAAACUGAUGGCUGUACAAUGGGUGGCCAUAUCGUUUUCUCCAACAUCUUCUUAACAAAUUAGAGAAGAAAUUUGUUAAUCCAUUUAAACCAUGAUUUUAUAAAUGACACGUAGAUGACGUCAUAAACAGGUGAAUAAAGAAGCAGCCAGGCGAAUUACUUGAUAAACUGAAUGCUUAUCAUCCAAAGAUAUCUUUCACUAGUGAAGUUAACCCUGAAAGGUUCUUGGACACUAAAUUAGUAAACGAAAAGGGUAUUUAUCGUACACAAGUAUACAGAAAACCAUCCAAAUAUCCCACACAUUGGUCAUCGUAAAUUCCAAAACUAUACAAAAGGAAUGCCAUCAAUGAUGAUCUCAGUGGUGCAAAUUGUAUCUUAAAUGACUUCGAAAUGGAAAAGAAUGCAAUAAGAAAAUAUUUUGAAAUGCAAAUUUCCCUUCCAGGAUUGUGGAAAGCAUCAUUGAGCAAUUUCAAGAUUGACUUACUAAUAACACCAACAAUGACGAGUUUAAAAUUCCACCCAACUUCUUUGACUUACCAAAACCAUUCAUUCCUAUAAAAGUUCCAUUUUGUUAAGAAAAUAUUUCCAAAUCAUUCAUUUCAAAGUUUCACAAGUUUACAAACAAUAAGUUCGAAAUUGCAACAAAUUGGAAUACAAAAAAGAUACGCAAACUGUUUUCAUUAAAAGAUCAAAAUCCAUACCUGUUAUGAAGGAAUGUGUACCACUUGUAACACAUCUUACAUUGGGGUAACAAGACAAAAUGCUGUGGUUCGCUGAAAUGAGCAUAAUAAUCCAACCGAGAAUUCAGAACCAGCUAACCAUAUUUACCAUAAUCCUGAGCAUCAGUUUAGUUGGAAAAUUUUGGUAAAAAAAAACUUGGAAACUACAUUUAUUGCAUUGAAACGUCCAAAAUUAAAUGAACAACUUGAAUCUAAAAAACUUCUGUUAUUUAGAAAUAGAGAAUUACUUUUUUAAAAAUUAAUACUAGUUUAAAAAUAUGUUCACAUUAAAAUUUAUUACAUCUAUGUAUGCACUGAGGAUGGUUUUACCCAAGAAGCUUAUGCUAUUUUAAAACUUGUUUUUAUAUUUUUAUCACAUUCUAUGGCGAGUUACUAUAAUAAUAAAUUAUGUUGUCUUUGAACAUUGGUUCUCACGUUUUUUAUUAAGGUGAAAGGCCACUUUAGUAGUCAUGUUGGGAAGUCAUCUGAAGGUUAUAGAGGUGUGCAUGGAGGCUAUUGAUUUGGGCGCAGAAAUAAGGAAUAAUGGCAACGGACAUGGUGGUUUGCAACACAUCAUUCAGUAGUAGGCUGAUAACAUAUGAGUCAGUUGAUUGUAAGACACAGAUAGAUUACUUCCUGGUUAGAAAGUCAGACAAGAAAGUGGUGAAGGACGCGAAAGUUAUAUCGGGGGAAGAGUGUGUUUUCCAGCAUAGGUUGCUGUUUUGUCAUAUUAUCUUAAAGAGUGUUAAAGAAUCCAAGGGUAAGUACAGGCCCUGCUGUAAAGUCUGGAAGCUGAAGAAAGAGUUUGUAGCAAGACAAUUUAGUGCAAAAGUUCAGGAGUUAGCUCACAAUGGUCAAUGUGAUAGUGACAAUGUUGAAAGUACUUGGACUGCUUUGCAGAAUUGUCUUCUAGAAGCUUCUCAUGAUACCAGUGGGUGGACGAAAGGACCAGCUAGACAUAGUCAGACGUUGUAGAAGGGCCAGCUAUGCAGAUCAAGACAGAAUGGGUAGUGGAGGCUAUUAGGAAAUUGAAGAUUGGCAAGGCUGCAGGAGUAUCAGGUAUUGUUGCAGAGAUGGUAAAAGCAUCUGGAUAUAUUGGAGUUGAGCUUAUUACAAGUCAUGCUAAUCAGAUUAUCAAGGAUGGUGCUAUUCCGAGUGAGUGGCAGUCGAGUGUAAUAGUGAAUUGUUUCGAGGGCAAGGGUGAUGCAUUAGAAAGAGGUAACUAUAGAUGUUUGAAGUUGGUUGAUCAGGUAAUGAAAGUUAUUGAAAGAGAGAAAAUGUUGGUGUACAUCAUGGUCCUGUACGUAGUCCUUUUUUGUUUGUUCUAGUCUUAGAGACGCUGUCGAUGGAGUUCAGAUCA